AUGGACAGCACGGGAGCUACGGCGCGGACACCGCGCAUGCGUCGCCGCGACUUUGGGAGUCUCUUGCUGCCAAUGUCUCCUUCUGGGACCAUCAGUCGCACGUACGAUGGUAGCACAUCCUUGUCAAUGCGUGGACUACUGCCGCUUCCCGGUGGAAACAUGAAAACACCGCGUCAUUCGUACCACCCGCCCCACUCUGGCGUGGCCGCGUCUUUAAUGGACGACCUCGUGGUGGACGUGGAGGAGAGGUCGUCAUUGCUCAUGCUUGAACCAGUACUUAGUCCGACCCAGCGGAAGAUCAAGAUUGGCGUGUUUGGUGUUCUUAACACGGUCAUUCUCGUGCCGCUUAUGAUCAGCUUUGCCCAGAUCAUUUUCCGUGACCCCGAGUUCCAGCCGUACAUGAACGACCUAGUGAAGCUCGUGCUUGUCUCGGCCGCCGUGCACCAGCUUUGCUUUACGUGCGUCAGCUCGCUGCCCUUUGCCAUGGGCCAAGUUCAAGACGCAGGUCUGAUUUUUCUCUCGGCUAUGGCCUCAUCAAUCAUCAAGUUAUUGCACGACAUGAGAGGUGAUGCGUUCUCGAUGGACGAAGUACUGGCGACGACUCUCUUUACUAUGGCCGUGUCGACGGCCGUAUUGGGUGCGGCGCUCAUUGUCACGGGCAAGCUUCGACUUGCUAGCUUUGUACAGUACUUGCCUAUGCCGGUGGUCGGUGGCUACCUUGCCUUUAUCGGCUUCUAUACAAUGGAAGCUGGCUUAUCCAUGAUGACUACGCAGAGUAUCAAGCAGCCGGCAGACUGGAUUAAAUUGGCUAACUGGAAUGUCUUGCUGCUAUCUGUGCCGGGCGUCAUUGCUGGCACGGCCAUCUUCUGGAUCAACACACGCUGGAAUCACAUGGCUGUCAUGCCUUGCUGCUUGAUGGUGAUAUUGACUACGUUCUACGGGUUGCUACUUAUUACGGGCUCAUCUCUUGAUGAUGCUCGUGCUGCUGGGUGGGUUGCGGAGCUUCCUCCUACGCCGCGUUCGCUCACGCAGAUCUACGGGUUCUACGAUUUUUCCAAGAUUAACUUCUCGCACAUGACGGACCAGAUCCCGACAUGGAUUGCCAUGUACUUUGUCGUGGCAUUUUCGUCGUCCCUCGAUGUAGCUGCCGUUGAGACGGCGCUGGGGAAGCCGCUGGACCAUAACCAUGAAUUGCAAACUGUAGGCAUCAGCAACUUGCUCUCGGGUCUCGGUGGUGGCUUUACCGGAUCUUACCUCUUUUCGCAGACGAUCUUCACAUUGCGUGGCAGGCUCGAUAGUCGCUACAUCGGUCUCAUUGUGUUCUUCCUCGAGGUCGCUCUUGUGCUCAGUCCGUUCUCCAUCAUUGCCUAUGUGCCGAAGGUCUUCUUCGGUGCGUUGCAGAUGCUGGUGUGUCUCGAUCUUAUGAUCGAGUGGCUCUGGCAUGCUCGUAAUAAGCUCCUUCCACGCGAGUACGGCAUUGUGUGGCUUACGUUCCUGUCCAUGGUCUUCGUAAACCUUGAGUUGGGCAUUGUGGUUGGCAUCAUCAUCGCAGGCUUUAACUUUAUCUACUCGUACAUUGCGACUUCCAGUGUUCACCGCGUCAUGAGGCGCUCGCGCGUCGAGCGUGACCUACGUGAGCGCGUGCUGCUUCAAAACAUGCGCAUGUCUAUCGUCACGCUGGAGCUAAAAGGUUACAUUUUCUUCGGUUCAAGUGUGAAAGUCAUGGACGAAGUACGUCGUCACGUAUUGGUGACAACCACAGAGAAGCAGGAGGCUCAAACUUCGGGUUCAUCGACCUUCUUGUCUCGACAUCAACCCUCACCGUAUGUAGCUCGUUCGUUGGAGGACCAAUUUAACGAUGACCUCGCGACGCUGGAUUCCGUUUUCGAUGACCAUGAAAUUCACGGGUACUCGUCCACGCCUAAGGCUGGUGGGAAGAGCGGACCGGCUGCACUACAUGCGGCUCGUACGAGGUACUUCAUCCUGGACUUUGAGAAAGUGAGCGGUGUGGACGCCACGGCGGUGCGAAGUUGCUUCAACGCCACAAAAGAACUGCUAGCUCAGCACGGCAUCGCCCUCAUAUUUGCCUGCGUGCCGACAGAUGCUGAACGAUUGUUGCGCGUCCAUGAUGUGAUUGAGAAGGAGGACGGGUCAGGAACGGGAUUACUUGUGUUCGACACAUUGGACAAGGCUCUGGAAUGGUGUGAGGAUGAACUGCUAGUAUCAGCAGGCGUGCUGCCGCUCAGUGAGUCGGCGCCAGCACUAGCAGCGAAUGGAGGAAACGACGGUCAGCCCUGGCAGUUGCUCGAUGAAUUGUUGCCUCGUCCAGACGGUUUCCACGACAAGAAUGACAAAUCUGCUCGUACAAGUAGUGAUGGGUCGCAGCCUUGCGACGGUGACGAGAAGAGUGUUGUGCUUACACGGGACCUCGGUGAGAUGUACGUGACGCACUUGCUCAAGCAGGAAGGUGAUACUUUGUAUCGUGCCGGUGGUCUCGUCAACGGUGUCUACUUCAUUGGCUACGGCAAGGUCGACGUGUUCAUGCCUUCCAAAAUCCAUGAAGGGCUGGGGCCGGGCUUUCGAGGUCGCAAGCGCAUUACACGAGUGUGCCAGGGAGGCUUGGUAGGUGCGUCGGAGAUGAUUCUGCACAAGCGUCACCAAUUCACUGCGCAGGCGAAAUCUUCUAGCUCCAUUUUUUUCCUUAGCAAGUCUCACUACGCACGGAUGCAAAAGGCGCAUCCCGCAUUGGCUGCUCGAUUCCAGCAGGCCAUGCUGCAGUCCAUGGCCAUCGGAGUGCUUGAGUCCAACAUGGCGGAUGAUUGA